AUGUCGCACAUUACUAGUGCUACUCGCGACAGAGUUUUUUGCGUGAAGGAGGUGAUUGAUGGUGAGCUACCAGUUGAAGACGGUUUUGAAACGCAUCUUUUUAAGGUCGGUGAUUACAACAACGCUGUUAGUAUUCAUUUCAAACUACCUUAUGAUAACAGCGCUGCUGGUAUUUUGAUUUUAAGUACUCCAGAUAUGUUCGACGUGUCCUUUAAGAGAUGGUUUUUAGCAAAGUACAUGGAGUUCGGUUCUUUGGAAGCGCUGUCUGAAACUGUGAGCUCUCCUAUUCAAGAGUUCCUGCAGUCCCGCUUGGAUCCACUAUGUGAAAAAUUUGACGAACUUGACAUCGAAUAUGAGCUCCUACAUGAUCAUUCACUUUCUAUUAAUCGUAAGCCAAGGAUUUUGAUGCAGACCUGUGGCCAUAUAUCAGGAGCUGCAUAUUACUAUCAACCAUUUCAAGUAGGCUUUGAAAGAUGGUCCCCACUGUCUCUUGAGGAAAAUAAGAAGUUUAUCGGUCUUAGUCUCCAUCCUGUAUAUGGAGGCUAUUUUGCGUUCCGGUCCGUAUUCAUUUUCCCGCGAUUACAUUUACUGGACUUUUGUGCUCCAAAACCAUUUCCAGUUCUUCACUCGCAUGCUGAAAUACGUGAAGCUCUUGAAAGCUUCAAUUACAAUUGGAAAGAUUCUGGAUUUAGAGAUUUUGGUGGACCUCUCAAGCGCUAUUCACCCAUGCAAAUGGAGUAUUUCGGAAGGCCAGUUGCUGAAAGGUGGUCAGUCUUGAAACAAUGGUGUAGUGAGUAG